UCCUCAUGUAUAAGGAGGUUGGAUCUACGUCGGUUGCUCCUCGUCCUGUAUGUGCAAAUGUGAAGAAAGCAUGUCGACUAAACAAACUCGUUAUCACAAGAGAUCUACUUACAAUAACGCCACAGAUGAUAAUGUGUCGCGAGGAGAAGUCACCGGGACAUCUACGUUAUUUUUAAAGCUAAUGGCUGCAGUUUUCUAUGGAGUCUCUUCUUUCCUCAUUGUUGUCGUUAACAAGAGUGUUCUCACUAACUACAGAUUUCCAUCCUCUUUAUCCGUGGGAAUUGGCCAAAUGUUGGCAACUGUUAUUGUGUUGCGAGGGGCAAAGUCAUUAAAUGUGAUAGAUUUCCCAGAUUUCGAUAGAAAUGUCCUACAUAAGGUAUUUCCACUCCCUUUACUGUAUGUAGGAAAUCAACUGACAGGCCUUUUUGGGACACAACAACUCAAUCUGCCAAUGUUUACUGUGCUGAGAAGAUUCUCGAUCUUAUUCACAAUGAUGUUUGAGGGUUACCUGCUCAAAAAGAAGUUUUCAUGGUCAAUAAAGGCAACAGUAUUCACCAUGAUCUUAGGAGCAUUUAUAGCUGCGAGUACAGAUCUAGCAUUUGACCUCCAUGGAUACAUUUUCAUAACACUUAAUAACAUUCUGACGGCUGCUAACGGGGUUUACAUGAAACAAAAACUGGACUCAAAGGAACUGGGAAAAUAUGGGCUGCUGUAUUAUAAUGCAUUAUUCAUGGUUGUUCCCACUGUUGUUUUGGCACACUUCACUGGAGAUCUCCAGAAAGCUUUGGAAUACGAUGGUUGGGCCGAUUUUUUCUUUAUCUUUCAGUUUGUGUUAUCAUGUAUCAUGGGGUUCAUUCUCAUGUACUCGAUUAUGUUAUGUACCCAUUAUAACUCUGCUUUAACAACUACCAUUGUCGGCUGUAUCAAGAAUAUCUUGGUCACAUACAUUGGGAUGGUGUUUGGUGGAGAUUAUAUCUUCAAUUGGCUGAACUUCAUUGGCCUAAACAUCAGCAUUGCUGGCAGUCUUGUGUACUCUUACAUCACUUUCACUAAGGAGCAAAAAAAAACAAGUUGAUGAAAUAAACAUGAUCAGAUGGUCACAAUUUCUACAAAUGAUGGAGGGAGUCAGCAGAGGACACAAGCAGACUCAUUUUAUAGUGCCUUAUAUGAUAUUAAGCUUAAUGGUGAAGCAGUUUUUAAGAAGCUUUGGAUCCAAAAGUGUUUUUUCCAUUAAGUUCUAUUUUAUCUAUUUUAUUUUUAAAUCUACUAAAUAAAUGGACCAAAUCAA